AUGCUGCCCUCUGGGAUGAGUGGCGCUUUCAACAAGACGAUGCAAGCACUUGCGUCAGCAGCACAUCAUGUGUACCCAUGGCAGCCGUUCAGCAGUGGACAGUUUUCCAGUUUGUUUCGGAUCCAAGGGAGCGACUCCUCAACAGGGGAUUUGUCCACGCGUGUGCCGUUGGCAUCGGACGUGGAUUCGCUGGAGGGCCUACUCAUGUGGCGGAACGCCUGGAAGAGUGCCAAAGCUUUCGUCGGUGGCCUGUACCUUCUCAUUUGCAUCAAGGUGUACUUGGACUCAGGAAUCCAAAUCCUUCAGCCAACUACUGUGUUUGCUGGCUUGGCACUGUGCAUCCUAAUCUACAACUCGCUGGCGAGGUCUGCCCCCCUGCAGGGCUCGCAGGCUGUCCUUGAGCACGACCCGCACGGGGAGACAAUGCUUCUCCAUCGCGUGUCUUCAGGCAUCUACACAGUCGGCAGUGUGGCGGCUGUUGCGCUGCCACCGUUUGUGGCGCUUUCCAGCCGCCACCUUUCUGCCCCAAGGGGACCACCGAAGUUCUACUUGGCUGUCUGCCUGUGGCUCGUCAUGCUCGUCGGCGAACUCAAGCUAUUGUUCCAGACCUCCUUGAUGCUCGUCAUCUGGAUCGGCCUGUUCACGCUUCCCAGGCUGUACGCUGAGAACAAGUGGCUGCUUGAUGGGCUUGCGAGGGCGGGCUUCGCUGUGCUGAUCGCGGCCCUUCGGCGCCGGCACAGAGCAACACUGCUGAUGGCCGUCGCUGGCGGGCUGACUGUCUUUUGGGCUCUGGAAAUAACGUUCGUCGUGCGGUGCACCAUGGCCAUGGCCAUUUCGGGGGCCACACUUUUUUGGAGAGUGAGCAAGAGCAACGUCAAGUGA